AGCACUAAGCUUGCUCUGAUGUAGUCCUUAUGGAGCAAGGUAGAGAUGGUGGUUGGACCCCGGUUGUGAAUCAAAGGCGAGGAGGUGGAUCUUGGGGAUAUGAAGAGAGGAGGGGUCUGUUUACUGUGUUCGUGGACAACAUCCCAAGUUCUUUGGAUGCAAAGUCAUCAUUGUUAAAGCUCUUCAAUAAGUUUGGUGUAGUCAAAGAUGUUUACAUCCCUUCCAAAAGAAGAAAAGUGACGAAUUCCAGAUUCGGCUUUGUGAGAUUUGACUGUCAUGUUGCUUCAGACAUGGCAGUUCAGAAAACUAAUGGGCUUUUGGUGCAUGAUAAGGUUCUUGCAGUCAAGUAUGCAGCUUAUGACAGGAGUGUGCCUAGCAUGAGAAGACCCCAGGCCAACAGUGAAGCCUUGAACCCAAACAGAGGUAAAGGUAUAGUCUCACAUAUUGGCCACAAAUCUUUUGCAGAGGCACUUCAAGGGGACUCGACCAUGGUGGAUGUGAAAGCUAGCAUGACCGUAAAAGCCAAUGAAGAUGGUCAUGGUUGGCUUUAUGAUAGUAUAAUUAUCAGGCUCAACUUGGAUUUCUCCAUUAACAGUAUCAGAUCUGCUUUGAAGGAUAUUGGGUUAGAUCAAGUGGUGGCCAGACAAGGGGGCAGCAGGGAUGUAAUAUUGACUUUCAAAUCCCAGGAGGAGCUCCAAUCAAAUAUCCAGAAGAUCAAGGAUUGGUUCAAAGACUGGAGUCAGUUUGUUUUGGAAAGGAGGCCAGGAAUCCAAAUAGUCCAAGAGAGAUGUGUUUGGUUGAAAUGUCAUGGUAUUCCUCUAAACCUCUGGAAUAGGAGCAAUAUAAACAAUAUUGGAGCUUUGUGGGGGACAGUCCUGCAACUGGAGGGUGACCUUAGCCAACCAAAGUCAUUUGCUUACUCCAGAGUUCAAGUGGUUACAACAUGCAUGGAGCUCAUUAACAAAACUGUUCAUCUGGUUUGCAAGGGUAAAUUAUACCCAGUUUAUGUUUGUGAAGACCUUUGUGUCAAUCCAGUGGAGUGUAAUGGGGUUCGGAAAAUUGGGCUGGAUGAUUGUAAUAGCAGCUCCAAAGUUGAGGAAAAUGAAUUCACAGAUGGGGAGUGUAAGAGGCAGGACGAUGUCGAUAUAGCGGUAAAUCAGUUUGGCUUGUCCAAUGCUGCGUUGCCUUUCUCCAUUGAAGUGGCACAAAGGAAGGAGCUCUGUCACUGCAACUGUAGAGAGGCGGUGGACACAGUUGUUGAGGAGUCACGAAGUGAUGUAGAGGUCAGCAGACCUAUUGCAAUUGGUGGGAAAGGAGCAAUGAUAGAGGAGUGUGCACCCUGCCCAAAGAGUAAUGACUAUUCACUGAGGUGUGUUGAGCACACUUCUGCAACUGGCUUGUUCAAAAGUCUCAGCGGAUCGAUAGAUGCAUUUGGGCCUGGAAUUAAUCUGGAGGUUGCCUUGGGCCCUCCGA